UAGACCGUACGCCGCUUUAGCAUGCUCGAUCCAGACUUGUGGACAGUUUUACGGUCGCCUUUUCGUCGUGUACCUUGUGAAUUUAAUUAUUAUGAAAAGUUAACUUCAAGCGUUUGAAGUGUAAGUAUGCCUCAUUUUUGGGAGCAUUUCAGCGAUAGGAGUGAAGACAAGCAUAGAAAUCUGCAGGAUGGUCUCUUUCAGAUUGCGUCCCAAACGUGCAGUCUGUUUGUACACAUCAACAACACGAACAAUAUCAGCUAUGGCAAUAAUACUGCGAAUAUUCACGUGAACGGCGCGGGAACUUCAUAUAAAACGAAUCAUCAAUAUGCCCCAAGUUCUAAAACGGCAUCGACCAGCCAAGCCAGUAGAGAUAGAGAACAGCUUGUAGUCCUAAUUCCGCCCAGUCCAGACUCAGAAAGAAAAAGGUCUCCAUCGCAUUACCGAAGUGGAUUCGCAAAUAAGCCUCGAUUAUCGACUGUUCCUGAAACGCCAACAUCUUUAAUUCCUCCGGAACAUGACUUGUGGACGCAAUCGUAUUCGCUGCCAGAUCAUGAUGGCAGUCCCGAUAGAUGGGGCGGAAACAAUAAAUGGUGUCGACCGUCCUGCAUUCCCAUUACGAUCAUCUGCACCCUUAUCUUCCUAGUAGUUUUACUGCCCGUGCUGGAUCAUGCAGCCGAAAGGGCCUUAGAUCAGAUCAACAGUCAUGAUAAUAAUGCGUGCAAUUCAUGCAGCCUAACGUUAGUGGAAAGUAUACCCGAAGGCCUAAUCUUUAAUGAAUCGUCGCUAGUCAAUCCUUCUACGUUUGAUACUUGGCUGAACCUAAUAAAUAAUGCUCAACAGUCCAUUGAUAUUGCUUCCUUGUACUGGACGUUGAGGCAAUCCGAGGUUUACCCGGAUCCGUCUUCCAUCAAGGGUGAGAAAAUAUUUCAAGCUCUUUUAAAGGCGGGCACUGAUCGUGGCGUCACCAUCCGAAUAGCCCAAAACGCUCCAUCACGCAACUAUCCCAAUGUGGAUACCGAAUUUCUAGUCAAGCGGAAAGCGGCCCAAGUGCGAAGUCUCAAUUUUGCCAAAUUAUUGGGCAGCGGUGUUUUGCACACCAAACUGUGGAUCGUCGAUAAGAAGCAUCUCUAUGUGGGCAGUGCGAAUAUGGAUUGGCGGUCUCUAACGCAGGUGAAAGAGUUGGGCAUUGGAAUCUUCAACUGCUCUUCUAUUGGAGAAGAUGCUUUAAAAAUUUUUGAGGUAUACUGGAGUCUUGGAAAGAAUGACUCUGUUGUACCUGAUCAUUGGCCUGCCAACCUUUCCACAAAAUUCAACCUGAACAGCCCCUUAAAUAUGAAUUAUGGAAAUGAAUCGUUUCAGACAUAUUUAUCGAGUUCGCCCCUCCCAUUCAAUCCAGCUGGCAGAACAAACGACGUGGAUGCCUUAUUAAAUGUGAUCAAACACGCCGAAAGCUUUGUGUACAUAGCCGUAAUGGAUUAUAUUCCAUUAAUGAUUUAUACACCCAAGCCAGUGUUUUGGUCGGUUAUUGACGAUGCAUUGAAAAAAGCUGCCAUCGAAAACCAAGUCAAAGUAAAGUUGCUAAUUAGCAAGUGGAAUCACUCGAGAAGUGCCGAGGAUUACUUCUUAAAGAGUCUAGCUGAUGUGAACCAAGCGUAUCCUGGCGUUUCCAUUGAAGUUCGUCGUUUUAUAGUACCGGCUGACAAAAACCAGCGAAAAAUUCCAUUUGCCCGAGUCAAUCACAACAAAUAUAUGGUAACGGACAAUACAGCCUUCAUAGGGACCUCGAAUUGGUCCGGAGACUAUUUCACUGAUACAGCCGGCGUUUCGUUUGUGUUGCACGAUCCAGUUUUCGAUCGCAAUGCCAACCACACAACGAUCAGAAGCGAAUUACAAGCCCUUUUCGAAAGGGAUUGGAACUCUGAGUAUUCACAUCCGCAGUAAAACUUUCGAUGGUUGUUGGAUUUUAAUAAGCUUAGAACUGACUGCUCGAUGCAAUGUAAAUAAUUUAAUAAAUCGUAACAAUUCUCUAAACAGUUA